UUUCACUUUGAGUUCGAGAUAAGGCGCCGUUUGGACGUCCACACAAUCUACAAAAAAAAGGGAUAAAUUUUGUUCGAGGUUGGUGUUAGUUGGCCUACUUUGUAUUCUGUCAUCAUUGCAAAGGUUGACACAAUGACUUCGGUUCAUUUACCAUUUUGUGCUGAAAACUGCAACAUAGAGCAUUGCCCUCUAUUGAUCAGUGUGCUGAAUACACACCGGCAGAAUAUGACGGAGCUGUCGCUGUGCAUCCAGAGUUAUAAAACAAGUGGAUGGAAAAUGUCGGACAAUGUACCAGAUCCCUGCAAAGACUUUCAGUACCCUCUUCUUCACUGGGCUUGUGCUUUAGGUAAAUUUUCGAUGGUCAAGUGGUUGGUUAGGGAAGGUUUUGACCCAAACCUACAGACUGAAGCUGGUGACACUGCUAUUCAUAGAGCCAUUAUCAGCCUACGAACACGUGUCACUAAGCUAACAGUACGAGGCCUAGACUCUGUGGUUGAUUUGUUGAGCGAUAACUUAUCACUUCGUAAUGUGAAGCGAGAAACGCCGAUGCUUCAGCUUGCCCAUAUGUUAAUUAAGAAAGAGAUAUCGGUGGAUUACUUUUCUCUUUGGAUGAUCUGUUGUACUGAUGCAAUUGUAAACCUACCUCCAGAAAAACGGGCAGCAGUGACUGACGCACAGGACCAUGAUGGUAACACUGUGGUGCACUUAAUGGUCAAACAACUCGGUAUUCUGCCUUCGAUCAGGAGAAUGGUGAAUGCAAAAGCAAAUCUACAAAUAAGAAAUAAGUGGGGCCAGACUGCAAUGGAUAUUGCAAGAAAUAACAAAUCAGAAGACUAUGUUCAGCAUCUGACGUUAGUGAGUGGUCUUCGGUGGCCAGGAUUGGCCAGUAAAGGUGACACAAGCCUUGUACGGAGCUCUCCACGUUUGCAAUUGACUGCACCAACUUGCCAGUCCUCAGAGACUAUAAAAUCAAAAAGUAUGGCUGUUGCAGUCAGUUCGCCAAGAAAGAGGCUGAACAGUACUGAAGAUGUUGCAUCACCAAGCACUGUACAUCCUGCUGCAACAAAACGAGGAAGGAAAAGCUCUCCACAUCGCCGGGUCACAUUUGAUGUCUUGCAGGCACACAUAACUGGACCCACUCCAUUGGAAGAAGCAAGGAGUAGCUUUCCUGAGGGCCCUUCAGUCAACGAUGUUGAACCCUGUAUCAAGUGUGAAUUUGAGGAAGAAGAAAAGCAGGAGGAAGAUGCCACAAGUGGCACAGAGAGUAGCAGCUACACUAAUGAUGCAAUGUACAGUCCUGAUGUAUCAACAUCAGAAUCAAGCGGUUUCUUUGAGUAUCUGAAAAUUAGCCCAGGAUUUAAAAAGGAAAUUAUUGACAAGUUAGAACAUGAUAAGCAACAAUUUCAGGCCAUUAUUAACCAAGAGGAAACAAUAAGACUGGUUGAACAAACUGAGCUGAAGCAGUUACUUGCAGAGACAAAAUCUUCCGAUGAAAAGAUUGUGGCAUUAUUGAGCCAAGUUGAAAAAUUGCAGAGUAGAAACACGGAAGUACAAAAGAAAAUCAAUAAACUAAACCAAAAUGCAAGUGAACGGUUAGAAAGAGUUAACAAGAUUAAGAAUAAACUGUUAGUAUGUAUGAAAACAGUAAAGGAACUAGAACAAGACAAUGGAAAGAGUUGAAGAUGUCACAGUGGAGCCAAAGAAUUUGAACUAGACACUCGGCGGAAACACUACUGUGUAUGCAUGAUCAGAAAGCAUUAUUUUGCGAUCAGAGAUUGAGCAUGAAUCCAACAUGUGAUGAAAGUGAGUUAAUGUUUUAUCUAGGAGAAAAUGAAAAUGGUACUUGCUCUGAAAAUUUGAGGAAGGGUUUUGCAGCAAUUAAAAAUGAAAUCCUACAAAAUGUUGUUGCUGUAACACUGUAAAUCAGCCUUUACACAUAUUUGUUGUUUAUCAAUAAUGCUCCUAUAUUUAUAUCAUUGUCAUCAUUAGUUAACUCUCCUAUUUAUUUUUGUUUCUGAUUUAACCAUUGUUUUUGUGUUUAUGCACAGUAUAAAAGUGCUAAUGCACUAGCAAUAUAGUCACAAUUCAAGCCGCCACAUUAAGCUUGUUUUUUCCUGUGUUUUCAUAAUUUUGUAAAUCUUUGUAAAAGGCAGUAAACUUGUUAAAUGAGUACUAGGUACUGUAGGUGUAUGAAUUGAUUUUGCCAACUGUAUUCUUAUUUGGUGCUGCUUCAGUUUUAUAAUGAACAGUGUUGCUUGGCAGUCAAGAGGUUUGCCUUCCAGCAAUUUUCUUGAUGGAAAAAAGUCCACUCUUCAGCUCUUAAGCCAGGAACUGAAUGCAGCCAAUGUCGUCGGCCGACACGAUUCUAUAAAGAACGCUGAAUGCGGCCAAUGUCGUCGACCGACACGAUUCUAUAAAGAACGCCGAGGCACAGUGUGCGCGCUACGGAUCGUUUUAAUGACGAUCAGUUCAAAGUGCAACCGACAGCAGACAGCGUUGCUUCGUCUAAGGCUCACAGGCAGUAGAGUUUGGUUGUAUGAUGGUGGUAUGACAGCAGUGAGUGCCCAGCUUUAUGCGCAUUGUCCGAAAUUAUGGCUCGUGAUUUUGGGGAAAAUUAUUGCGAGUUAAACAUUUCAAAUUUUCAGUAUUUUAACAGUUUGAUACAUUACUCAUCACUUCUAUUAUCUUUUAGCCAUUUGCUCAGUCUUUCAAAUGUUUUAUGUAAAUUGCCCCAUUUUUUCUAUGCUCAACUUUAUUAAACUGAAUAAAAUUAUUGAUAUUGACAAGAAGGUUUGAAAAUAUAUUGAUAAUGACAAUAAGGAUAUAACUUGUUUGUUAGUACAAUGCAAUAGCAAUGUUACACUUUCAAGUUCCAAAUGUAAGGGAAAUAUAAGAUAUUUCCCUAAUUGAUAAUUAACAUGUUUUACUGCACUUAUGAAAAUUGUAAUUUUUAUCUGUAUAGUACUGAUAUUAGGUAAAAAUUUAAGUAAGCCAAAUGUAUUUUUACAAACCACUACAUUUUCAAACAGCUUCAGGUGAAUGAACUAGUUUAGAUGAAGCUUUUUCAUAUUGUCACUAAGUGAUGCCAUCCAAUGAUGUUCUUCCAGGGGCAGAUCCAGAGUUGUCUGAAAGUGGGGGCUGAGAGUGAGACAACACUAUCUUAGGGGUCCGGGGAUGCAUUCCCCCACAAAAUGUUUGUCUUUUAGACGCCCGAUAAUAACUUCUGAGGUGUUUUGGGAGAUCAAUUAUUUAAUUUUCUUUCUUUCUUUUUCCUUUUUAUUUUUAACUUUCCAAAAUGAGGGCUGCUGCCGGCCUGGCCCUCCCCCCUCUAAAUCCGCCCCAGUCUUCCUUUGGCUUACAAGAAUGUCACGUUGAUUGAUUGAUUGAUUGAUUGAGAUCGUCUCUGAGGCCCUAGAUUUCAUAGGGGUCUGCAUUUGAAUCCAUAUACAGUUAACCACUUGUAUAGUUUGUUGAUUUUUUCUUUAAACAUAGUAAUAAUGAUGUUUCUGUAUUCAUGUGGUGAUGCAGUUGUAGGUCCUGUGUCCAGGGAUAACAGAAUCCCCUUGGGGAACCAUGGACCCGUCAGCGGAGAAGCCAAUUAUUUUGUGGGGGAAGACUGCUUUUUAAAAAGCAUUUUUACUGGGUGUGUCAUUUCCAGGCAUUUAGAGGUAUCUUUUUAAAAUUUGCCCAAACAACAAUGGAGCCGGUGUGAACUUGGACCCCCUCCCCCUUUGACCUCUCCUCGGGGGCCCUAGUCAUGGAAUUGCUAGUGCUGCAUCUGUUGUGAUGAUCAGGUUAUGUUUGUGAGUGAAUUUGAUGUUACCGGAGGAGUCUGUUGGUUUAUACCUAGCUACCUUCUUUACUUGGGGCCCCUGAAGAAGUGAUUGUAACACCAGUAUGUCUGCCCUUUGAUGGCAAUAUGAACUAUCAUCUGUAUUAUUUACCAAACAAUGAUCAGCAAAGCUGAUCCAAAGUGUAGUGGUAUGUAAAAAUACUUUUUGGCAUAUUUUACCUAUAAUAAUCUGUUAAAAGCCUAAUGAAUUUGUUUGAAUUAUUGUAGCUUUCUGGCUAUGUUUUAUGUACAUAAAUUCACAAUACUGUAUUGAGCAGUGGUAUUGAUGUUGAAGGUUUGUAAAUUUUCAGCUAUGGAAAUAAAGUUGAAGGACUUCUAUAAUAA